AUGUUGGAAGCGUUCGAGUCGGACAGUGAUAAAACCGAGAUGAUCUUUUUGGAGCAUAUCCAGGCAUGGAUUCUAUUGGCAAUGUUUGAGUUCAUGCACAACAACCAUCAACGAGGCUUGAUGAGUGCAGGGAGAGCAUUUCGCCUCGUCCAGAUGCUAUGUCUUUUUGAAAUUGACAGUCCAAGCUAUGCUAUGGCUCGACAGUCCUGCGCCCCCACGGACCAUGUCAAACCCGAGGAAAGUCGAAGGACGUUCUGGGUAGCCUACACCAUGGACAGGGUUGUCAGCUUCAACUAUGGAUUGCCGCUGACGUUGAAUGAAUUAGAGAUUUGCACUCGGCUUCCCACUCCCGAAGCCAAAUUCCAAAGCGGCGAGCCAGCUCUGAUGGGGUUUCUGUGUGAAGUCAUGGGUGGCAUCAACCAAGACAGUGUCCCCCCUUUUACGGAAUGCAUCAUUCUGGCCACCAUUUGCGGACGCAGUGUAUCCCACAAGCAACGAAUGACCGUUGAGGGAGUUUAUGGAGCGUCGACGCAGGACUCCCUCGACCGCCAUCAGUGGCUCAAUACCAUCCUGGCAGCAAGAAUCCAAGUCCUGUCACUCAGCUGUCCUUCCACGUCCGAGUCUGUAGAUCCCAUACUGAUAUUUGCAAACCUCCUUGCUCAAGCCACAGUUCUCUAUCUCUACAAGAUCAUUGAACCCGUAGUCUUGGAGAAAGAUGAAAACCAGGGUAUGAUGGCUCAAUACGAGCAGCAGUCGCUCACAGCGGCGGAGGAGACAAGUCACCUCACCAAAAUGCUGGCGCAGCUGAACCAUUUCCAAGUAAAUCCUAGCCCUCCCGUGCAGCGUUUUUUCGGACUUCAACCAUUGACUUUCGGUUGGCAGGCUCAUCCGUUCGUUCCGGUCUGCCUUUUUGUGUGUGCAGAAUUCUUCAUGAAACACAGAAGCGUGAACCGAUCCUACGGCCUACAGCUCCAGGAAACAUUGGAAGCUCUCCGCAGAUUGGCCAGUUUCAAUAAUCUUGCCAGGGUCUAUCUGCAUCUCCUAGGGCUGAAUGAUGCUUGA